AGAAGACGAGCACACUGCUAAGUUCGACCGUUGGGAGUACUUUCAGUACAUUCAGCGUACAUUCUCACCUCGUAUAGAACAUUUCAGCUCCUCAUUCUCGGAGUCUGCGCAUCGCGCUUUCGCUUUCUUCCAUAGUAGAAGCUCGACAGUCACUGUACCCUGCGCCACUAUUUGGAUCCCGCUGCUGUGCUCAACUUAUCCAUCGCUGCCAUACCAUUAUUUCUGCGGGGUGCACAUGUCAAACCAUGCGUUUGGGAAAGAGCAUUUCAAAUCCUGCGCUAUCGUCCCACACGGAGGAAAUCCCUCCUGGUCCUCUAAGUGGACCGUCUGAUCCUGUUUGGCGUCGUCAACGACUCCUCCGAAUAGGCAAUGAUGUGCACGAGGCAGACGAGACAUCUGCCCUCCGCGCGGAUCCGCCGGAGUGUGCCACAUCGUAUGGCACGCUUCCCAACCUCGGCCACUCCGAGAGGAGCAAGUCCAAGUCCACAUUUACCCUGCGUCAUGGCCUACGCCCACUUCAUGGCCUCCGGAUACCUCUUCACUUCAAGUCGAGGUCGACACCAGGAUCGCCGCGUUCCUACUUCUCUAUCAGAGACUCCUACGUCCCGGGCCAGCGCCCCAUAUCAGCUUACGACCUACUCAAGGAUGACAUUGACUCUGCAGAGCCGAUAGUGGAUGUGAAGACCAACGGCAUCCGAGUCUGGUACUCGUCCUUUACCUCCAUCGAUUGGCUCCAUGACGUCAUCAAAGACUCUGCUCGACAGUCGCACCUGCGCAAGCACAAGUCGCUCCGGGGCAGGAUGCUGCGCCAGCUGGACAGGGGCAUCGGUUGGAUCAUCGUGACCAUUGUCGGCUUCCUUACGGCGGUUAUCGCCUUCCUGAUUGUGCGCAGCGAGCAGUGGCUAUUCGAUCUCAAGGAAGGAUACUGUCAUGAUGACUGGAAGAAGGCGAAGCGGUUCUGUUGUGCAAUGGAGGAUGAUUCAAUCCGUAGCUUGCAUAUGCCCUUCCUCACAUACUCAGCGAAGGGAUCCUGUCCCUCUUGGCGUACAUGGGCUGAUAUCUUCGGGGAAACACUGGAAGAGAAAGGAGAAUGGAUAGGAUUUGAAGCGGAAAUGGUUGAAUAUAUCGCGUAUGCUAUCAUCGCGUUGACACUGGCCGUCGUGUCAUCUUUGUUAACAAUACAUCUCACAACAUCUACCAGUUUUACAACAUGGAAGGACUCUGGAGUGCUUUCUCCAGAAUUUACUGACCCAGAUGAGGAUCAAAAGGUCGCACAAAUACUGACGGAGACGGAACCUAAACGGAAAGUAAUGUACUACGCUGCUGGAAGUGGAAUACCGGAGAUUAAGACAAUUCUAUCCGGUUUCGUCAUUCAUGGCUAUCUCGGAGGACGUACUUUGUUCACCAAGGCGGUUGGUCUUGCACUCUCCGUUGCGUCGGGCCUCUCCUUGGGCAAGGAAGGGCCAUUCGUUCAUAUUGCGUCAUGCAUCGGAAACAUCGUCAGCAGGUUCUUCAGCAAAUAUGAGAAUAAUGAAGGGAAGAGACGCGAGAUUUUAAGUGCUGCCAGUGCAGCCGGUGUCGCUGUGGCUUUCGGUGCCCCAAUUGGUGGCGUUCUGUUCAGUUUGGAGGAGGUUUCGUAUUUCUUCCCGGCAAAGGUCAUGUGGCGAAGUUUCUUCUGUGCCAUGGUGGCUGCGAUGACACUCAAGUUCUUGGACCCGUUUGGCAGUGGGAAACUGGUGUUGUUACAGGUUACCUACGAGAAGGAUUGGCAUGCAUAUGAGCUUAUAUUCUUCCUCUUACUCGGGGUUUUUGGGGGAGUUUGGGGAGCCUACUUCUCGAAGCUCAACUACCGCUGGAGCAAACAUGUUCGAAGUGGGACGUGGCUGAAGACCCAUCCUGUUGCAGAAGUGGUCCUCGUCACUCUAGCGACAACAGUGUUCUGCUUUCUCAACGUGUUCACUCGCAUGGGUACCACGGAGCUCGUGUAUAACCUCUUUGCAGAGUGUCGGUCUGGUGACCCCAAUGCUCAGUUAGGCCUUUGCGUGCUCGAUCCUCCGGAGCAGGCUAUGCCGGUCAUACGCGCUAUCCUCGUCGCUCUAGUUGUAAAGGGCGCGCUGACUAUCGUCACUUUCGGCAUCAAGCUGCCCGCCGGCAUCUUCAUUCCGUCUCUCGCAGUCGGAGCAUGCGCUGGUCGUAUUGUCGGCAUAUUAGUCCAGUGGUUGCAGUACUCAAAUCCAGAUAGCACGAUAUUCGCGUCAUGCAAAGGCGACCUCGACUGUGUGAUCCCGGGAUUGUACGCCAUGGUCGGCGCAGCCGCCUCACUCUCCGGAGUAACACGCACGACAGUCUCCCUGGCUGUCAUCAUGUUUGAGCUCACGGACACGUUGACGUAUGCUGUUCCAGUAAUGUUGUCCGUGCUCGUUGCGAAGACUGUGGCCGAUGCUUUAGAACCGAAGGGAAUCUAUGACGUUGUCAUUGAGCUCUCGCAAUUGCCGUACCUUGAUGCGAAACUCAAUUACGUUUGGGACAAUCACCAGAUUGAUGACGUUAUGGGUCGCGAAGUCGAUACGAUUUGCGUUGACCACGAGAACACGGUCAAGAGCCUGCGAGAUCAAUUACAGCGUCUCCUCGUAAAUGGCAACUCCGAUAGUGGUUUUCCUAUCCUGAGGAACGUCGGCGUUAAGAAGCGAAUGGUUGGUUAUAUCGGCGCGAACGAGCUGGAGCACGCACUCAGCAUUGUUGCUGAUAAUGCAGACGAGAGAGUGUUCUUCCAUCCCAACAACACAUAUACGCAUGGGAGACGGAUGACCUCUUCGACGUCCUCUCUGGCAGAGACUGGCUCCUAUAUGGUGGACAUCGAUCCCUUUGACUUCAGCCCUUACAUGGAUAAGGCACCCUUGACUAUCCAAUCGAAUUCCCCUCUCGAGUUGGCGCAGCAGUUCUUCACCAAGCUGGGUGCUAGAUACGUCGUAGUCAUUGACACCGACGGAUAUUACGAGGGCGUGAUUGACAAGAAAGCUUGGUUAGCAUUCCUCCACGAGCUAGAAUAGCACGAAUAGUGAAUAACGACAACUACCACAAUGCGGCUCCGUUUGCAUUUUUCUGCAUCUACAUUGUAUUAACACUGUUGAACGAAUCAUGUACCACUACACGGAUUUUGGAGAACUCGCUGCACAUCGUAGCUGAUGAACAAUUCCUUGCAUAUACCGCAUCCUAUCAUAACUUUCUCAAAUACAUCACCCGUG